UCUAAUAAAGGGCUGUUCACUUUUACACAGGGGGUUCUGUACUUACACCAAUCUUUCCAUUCCUGAGCACUCAGCACGUCACACGCAGCCAUGGCAGACAGAGAGGAAAAUGGUGUUAAGAGAGCAAAAUCAAAGUCGGCGGAAUGCUGUGGAUAUCCGGUCAGCAUUUUCUUCAUCGUUGUCAACGAGUUUUGUGAAAGAUUCUCCUACUAUGGAAUGCGAGCGGUGCUGGUGCUGUACUUCAGGUAUUUCCUGCGCUGGGAUGAUGAUCUCGCCACCUCCAUCUACCACGCUUUUGUGGCGCUGUGCUACCUGACUCCCAUCCUGGGGGCCAUUGUGGCAGACUCCUGGCUUGGCAAGUUCAAAACCAUCAUCUAUCUGUCCAUCGUGUAUGCCAUCGGGCAGAUAGUCAUGGCAGUCAGUGCCAUUAAUGACAUCACAGACGCAAACAGAGACGGCACGCCGGACAACAUGGCUGUUCAUGUGACCUUGGCUAUGAUCGGCCUGAUACUCAUCGCUUUUGGUACUGGAGGCAUCAAACCAUGUGUAUCUGCAUUUGGAGGAGAUCAGUUUGAGGACCACCAGACGAGACAGAGAAGUACUUUCUUCUCUGUGUUUUAUCUGUGUAUUAACGCUGGCAGUCUCCUGUCCACUCUCAUCACCCCUAUACUCAGAGGUCAAGAGUGUGGUAUUCACACUCAGCAGAAGUGCUACCCGUUGGCUUUUGGUGUUCCUGCUGCCUUGAUGGUGGUCUCUCUGAUUGUGUUUAUUGCUGGCAGUGGGAUGUACGUUAAAGCUGCACCCCAAGGCAACAUCAUGCUGGAUGUGUGUAAUUGUAUUGGGUUUGCUAUCAAGAACCGUUUCAGACACAGGAGCAAGAAACACCCGAAGAGAGAGCACUGGCUGGACUGGGCCAAUGAGAGAUAUGAUAAACUCCUCAUUGCUCAGAUUAAGAUGGUGCUGAAAGUGCUGUUCCUCUAUAUCCCUCUCCCCAUGUUCUGGACACUGUUUGACCAAAAGGGCUCCCGCUGGACCCUCCAAGCCACCACCAUGGACGGAACCUUUGGCACCCUCAUUCUGCAGCCAGACCAGAUGCAGACUGUCAACCCCAUCCUGAUCCUGACUUUAGUGCCCAUCAUGGACAGAGUGGUCUAUCCCCUCAUCAGAAAGUGUGGCUUCAACUUCACUCCUUUGAAGAGAAUGACAGUUGGGAUGUUUUUGGCUGCCAUGGCUUUUGUCUCUGCUGCUCUGGUCCAAAUUCAGAUAGAUAAAACCCUGCCAGUUUUCCCAUCCUCCUCUGAAAGCCAGUUAAAGGUAGUAAACAUGGCCAGCAGUCAGAUGGAGGUCACCAUCUCUCCACAGGAUCCCAUUGUGUUGGGCUCUAUGCAGGCCAGUGACUACAUGACAUUUUCCACUUCAACAAUUACAGUGUCUUUGAACACAAAUCCACCCAUCAUUAAAAUGUUCCCCCUGAGUGAUAGACAGCGCCACACUCUGAUCAUCCCGGCCGACCCUAACACUGCGUAUAUGACAUUCGAUAUCACUUCCAAACCAGAGCAAGGCAGUAAUGCCAUCAGAUUUGUGAAUGGCAUGAGUGAAGAAGUCAAUGUUUCAUAUUAUGGAUUCAGUAGACAAUCUCCGGUUUCAGACUACGUCUUCCUUUCACAAGGAGAGCGCACAUUCAACAUCAGUAAUUCUGUGCAGUCAUGUACAUUCUCUAAGAAGUUCGGGUUUGGAGCUGCCUACACGUUCCUCAUCCCCAGCACACUUAACUGGACAGACAAUUGUGGUACCUCUGUAGUUGAAGUGGAAGACAUCAAGCCCAAUACUGUGCACAUGGCCCUGCAGAUUCCUCAGUAUUUCCUCAUAACAGCAGGAGAAGUGGUCUUCUCUGUCACUGGCCUGGAAUUUUCAUACUCACAGGCACCCAGCAACAUGAAGGCAGUGCUGCAGGCUGGCUGGCUGUUCACUGUUGCUGUGGGCAACUUCAUUGUGCUCAUUGUGGCAGAGCUGGCAAAGCUGCCUGACCAGUGGGCAGAGUAUGUGCUGUUUGCCUCUUUGCUAGUGGCAGUGUGCAUAGUCUUUUCUAUAAUGGCUUGCUUCUACACCUACAUCAACCCUGCUGAGAUUGAGGCCCAGUUCAUGCAAGGAGAUGAAAUAGAUCCAGAGGACAAGGAGAAGAAAGCCAUAGAGCUGGAGAGAAAAGACUUUGUGCAGCAACAAAAUGAAAAAGUUGGCAAAACUAAAAUGUAAACAUCAGAUUUUGGUUUGUGUACCAUGUAAACCAGUUGCAUAAGUCAUUAUAGUUUUGUAAGAGCUGUUGCUUUUAUAGAUAAAGUUGCUUAAAGACAACAGUGGAAAUGAC